AUGGUGAGGGAUCAGGCCCCAGUAAAGGGAAUCGGAGGAAUUCCAGUACCCGUAGAAGGGAAAAUGAAGGUAGCUCUGACCUUGGGAGAGGCACCCCUGUCUCGGACUCACUACGUCGUGUUCCUAGUAGUGAAACUCCCUCUGAACUACAAUGCCAUACUGGGAAGGCCUGUGCUGUAUGACUUUGAGGUGGUGACUAGCAUCAGGUACCUGACCAUGAAGUUCCCAACAGAGACAAGGGUGGGAGUAGUUCGAGGACGUCAGGAGGAAGCGAGGGUGGGAUACAUGGCCACUGUGGCAGAACCGAGCUCGGCUGACGAGAGAUUCAACUUAGAGGUCAUGAAAGUCAGAGAUGAAAAGAAAGAAGUCAGGAAAGAACCAGUGGGAAAGCUGAAAACCUUCCCCUUAUCAGAAGCAGAAGUAGAUAAGGUUUUCAGUCUCAACACCAGCCUAACUGAAGAACAUAAAAUAGAAGCAAUGGCUCUGAUCCGAGGCAUGCCCCAAAGAUUGUUACCCCUCCCUGAUGUUAAUAAAAUGGUCGAUUCUACGGCCGGUUUCGAUUAUAUGUCAACUCUGGAUGCAAUGUCUGGUUACCACCAAAUCCUAAUAGACAAGUCAAAUGAGGAGAAGACCUCGUUCAUAACAGAAGAUGAGACUUAUUGUUAUAAGGCCAUAUUUUUUGGGUUGAAGAAUGCUGGGGCAACAUACCAGAGACUGAUGAACAAAAUCUUCAAAAUCCAGAUUGGAAGGAAUGUGGAAGUAUAUAUGGAUGAUAUGGUGGUAAAGAGUCUGACCUUCCAACAGUAUUUAGUAGAUCUGAAGGAAGUAUUCGAAGUAUUGGAGCAGUACAAAAUGAGGCUAAAUCCAGCAAAAUGCGCUUUCUUCAUAAGGGAUGGAAAAUUCCUGGGCUACAUGGUCAGUGGAAAGGGCAUUAAGCCCAAUCCAGAAAAGGUAGAAGCCAUAUUGAAAAUGCCUGAACCAACCUGUGUAAGGGAUGUGCAAAGACUCAUAAGGAGGGUGGUAGCACUCAACCGUUUCAUGUUAAAGUCUGCAGAAAGGUGCUUAUCGUUCUUCAAGAAGCUGAGGAAAGUUCCAAAUUUUGAAUGGAAUGAGGACUGCCAACAAGCUUUCAAGGAGCUCAAUGCAAUAUUGGUAAGAGAAGGAGGGGAGCAGAAGCCCGUGUUUUAUGUCAGCAAGGUACUCAAGGACGCCGAGAUUAGAUAUCUGAACAUUGAAAAGUUAGCCUACGCUCUGUUGCUAGCAGUGAGGAAAUUCAAGGUAUACCUUGAAGGCCAUCAAGCGGUGGUGAUGACAGAUCAGCCCCUGAAGAAAAUCCUGCACAGACUAGAGACGUCAGGUCGGAUGCUUGCUUGGUGCAUUGAAAUUGGCCCUUACUGCCUUGAGUACCGGCCUCGAACAACCAUAAAAGCUCAAGCCCUUAUUGACUUCAUAGCAGAGUGCUCCUUCAAUGAAGAGCAGGCAGGACUUAAACCUUUAGAAGCAAUGAAAAAAAAGGGAGAAGGGCAAUCCUUACAAGAAUUCAGCUGGAGCGCAUCCAACAAUGUAGCCAAAUACGAAGCUUUGAUAAACGGAACGAUGAUAGCGAUGGAGGUAAGGGUGACCGACCUUGCAAUAAACAGUGAUUCUCAGCUAGUGAUCAACCAGAUAACCGGGGCGUACCAAGCGAGAGAUCCCAUUAUGCAGAAGUACCUGGCAAAAGUAAAAACUAUAGAAGCUGAGCUCAGUGAGCAGGGAAUCCCAGUGCAAUAUUAG